CGCCGAGCGGAAUCACAUAGAACCUCACUGACCAAGUUAAAGGACCGGAGCCAUCUAGCAUUGCCGUAUACCAUGCUCUCUCCUUUUCUCCGCAGGGCAGUUCCCGCAUCGAGGUCCAUUACAGCCUCUUUCCUCGCUUCGAAAUUCCAACGACGGAGAUGGACAACCGUAACCACCACCUCCGACGCGCUGACGAUCCACAAGCUAAAGAACACUUCAUUUCCAUACAUAUGGCUCAGAGACUCUUGCCAAUCUCCAGAAUGUAUUCACCCGUCAACCAAGCAGAAACUUCACCGUACAUCCGAUGUCCCCAUGUCCAUCGCGCCCGUGACGGAAGGUGGUGUCCAGGUUACCAAGAAUGGUAUCGCCAUCACCUGGACGGACGGACACAAGUCUUUCUUUCACGCAAAUUUUUUGGAGCGCCAUGCCUUUCCGACGAAGCUUGCAGAGUCUCACCACGACCACUGCAUUGUGCAUGAGGCUUGGACGAAUGAAUCCAUCUCUGAGUCCCGGGAUCUCUUCAUCCCCUAUGAUACUAUCAAUAGUCCCGAAGGGCUUGUUAAGGCGAUUACUCAGCUCUCAAAGUACGGCUUGCUCUUUGUUUCCGGGGUUUCCAAUAAGGAGACUUCGAACAACGCGUGUGAGCUACGUGUAUUGGCUGAAAAGUUUGGUGAAAUUCGCCCGACAUUUUAUGGACCUCUAUGGGACGUGAUCAAUGUGCGGAAUAGUAGAAAUAUUGCGUAUACUAACCUAGAUCUUGGACUUCACAUGGAUCUCCUAUAUUUCCAACAUCCACCGCGAUAUCAAAUUCUCCACUGUCUUCGCAACCGCGUUGUUGGAGGAGCCUCCAUUUUUGUAGACUCCUUACACGCCGCGCGCGUCCUCCGCGAUACUCAUCCCAACGACUUCGACACUCUCACAAAGACCCCCGUCGCUUUCCAUUACAUCAAUGACGGACACCAUCUUCAUCACAACCAUCCUACCAUUGAGCUGGCGCCCCUAUCAACACUAUCCUCCCCUUCAUCCGAGCUCGAGAUAUCGCACGUCAAUUACUCACCACCGUUCCAAGCCCCGCUUCCGCUCAGCACGUCGAGAGAAUUCUAUCUCGCUCUACAACGAUUUUCGAAACUAUUGAACGAUCCCCAGAACACGUAUGAGUAUACCCUUCGUGAGGGCGACGCGGUGUUGUUUGAUAACCGCCGCGUCCUGCAUGCACGAACAGCGUUCACUGAUCCGGGAUCUGAACCGGGUAAAAAAGGAGAGACGAAUAGGUGGUUGAAGGGCUGUUAUCUCGAGGCGGAUGGCUUGGUUGAUCGUAUGAGGGUGUUACGGACGAAGAUUGCGACAGGACUGAUUUAA